AUGACCAGCCAUCCAUUACUCCACCAUGCCCUCAGCUAUCCACACUCCACCAUGCCUCAGCCAUCCAUUACUCCACCAUGCCUCCAGCCAUCCACACUCCACCAUGCCCCAGCCAUCCACAUCCACCAUGACCUCUUGGUCCAUUACUCCACCAUACCUCAGCUAUCCAUUACUCCACCAUACCCUCAGCCAUCCAUUACUCCACCAUACCCUCAGCUAUCCAUUACUCCACCAUACCUCAGCUAUCCAUUAAUCCACCAUGCCUCAGCUUUCAUCCAUUACUCCACCACGACCUCAGCUAUCCACACCACCAUUACCCUCAGCCAUCCAUCCACUCCACCAUGCCUCAGCUAUCCAUUACUCCACCAUACCCUCAGCCAUCCACACUCCACCAUACCUCAGCCAUCCACACUCCACCAUACCCCCAGCCAUCCAUUACUCCACCAUACCAGCCAUCCAUUAAUCCACCAUACCUCAGCCAUCCACACUCCACCAUACCUCGCCAUCCACAUCCACCAUAGCCUCAGCCAUCCAUUACUCCACCAUACCCCUCAGCCAUCCACACUCCACCAUACCUCAGCCAUCCACACUCCACCAUACCUCAGCUAUCCAUUAAUCCACCAUGCCAUCCACAACAUCAUCCACACUCCACCAUGCCUCAGCCAUCCAUUAAUCCACCAUGCCUCAGCCAUCCAUUACUCCACCAUGCCUCAGCCAUCCAUUUCACAUCCACCAUGUCUCAGCCAUCCAUUAAUCCACCAUACCUCAGCCAUCCAUUACUCACCAUGA